AUCAGAACUGAUUGGUGAAAUCUUUCCAAAAUUAAUACGUUGAAGUCAAUCCCUUGAUUCUUAGUUUAUUUUGUGUUGAUGCCUAUCCCUGCUAUCUUCAGGCGAGAGGCGGGGUCCACCCUGAACUGGUCGCCAGCCAUUCGCAGGGCACAUAAACAAACAAUCAUUUGCGCCCACAUUCACACCUUUGGCCAAUUGAGAGCCUUCAAUCCACCUAGCUCGUAUGUUUUUGGGAUGUGGGAGGAAAAUGGAGUACGUACUUGAAGAAAACCUACGCAGGCAUGCCGAAAACAUGCAACGUCCACACGGCAACGGCAUGAAGAUGAACGGGUCGUCGGAACACUUGGAUCAGCCGGACCCGGACUCCAUCAAGAUGUUUGUGGGACAGAUUCCUCGUUCCUGGUCGGAAACGGAACUCAAGGAGCUUUUUGAGCCUUUCGGGGCUGUACAUCAGAUCAACAUCCUUCGCGAUCGCACCCAGAACCCCCCUCAGAGCAAAGGUUGCUGUUUUGUAACUUUUUAUACAAGAAAAGCUGCACUGGAUGCCCAGAAUGCCCUCCACAACAUAAAGACCUUAAGUGGGAUGCAUCAUCCUAUCCAGAUGAAACCCGCUGACAGUGAGAAAACGAGUGCAGUAGAAGACAGAAAGCUCUUCAUCGGAAUGGUUUCAAAGAAAUACGGCGAGAACGAGGUCAGGAUGAUGUUCUCGUCUUUCGGCCAGCUGGAGGAGUGCCGAAUCCUGCGCGGACCGGACGGGCAGAGUAGAGGCUGUGCGUUUGUCACAUUUGCUACCAGGGCAAUGGCACAGAAUGCAAUCAAAACCAUGCAUCACUCUCAGACUAUGGAGGGCUGCUCCUCGCCUCUGGUGGUGAAGUUUGCCGACACUCAGCGGGAUAAGGAGCAACGCCGCCUGCAGCAGCAGCUGGUGCAGCAGAUCCAGCAGCUCAACAGCGCCUCCACCUGGGGGAACCUGGCCGGCUUGGGCAGCCUCACGCCUCAGUACCUGGCUCUGCUGCAGCAGGCCGCUUCCACCAGCAACCAGACCAGUUUCAACAGUAUUCAGAGGUUAGGAGUGAAUCCCCUUCAGCUGCAGAAUUUGGCCACAUUAGCCGCCGCGGCCGCAGCGGCGCAAAGUUCUGGCAGCCCGACCUCCACUAGCGGCCUGUCAGCCGCCACCAGCGCCCUCGGAGCGCUGGCCAGUCCGGCCGGCUCGACGGCGGGUUCCAGUGCCAGCGCGGCCAUGAACACGUUGGCAUCUCUGGGCACCCUGCAGGGUCUCACCGGGGCCUCUGUGGGCCUCAACAACCUCAACGCUCUCACCAGCGGCGUCGGCGGUAUGGGGGCCCUGAACGGAGGCCUGGGCUCGUCCAUGGCCAACGGCUCGGCGGCCAGUUCCAUGGACGCGCUGACCCAGGCCUACUCGGGGAUGCAGCAGUACACGGCCUCGGCCCUGCCCUCCCUCUACCCCCAGCCUCUCCUGCAGCAGAGCAUCCCCGGCCACCAGAAGGAAGUAGGGCCAGAGGGUGCCAACUUGUUCAUCUACCACCUGCCGCAGGAGUUCGGGGACCAGGACCUUCUGCAGAUGUUCAUGCCCUUUGGGAACGUGGUGUCUGCCAAAGUGUUCAUCGACAAACAGACCAAUCUGAGCAAGUGCUUUGGGUUCGUCAGCUAUGACAAUCCCGUGUCGGCGCAAGCUGCCAUCCAGGCCAUGAACGGCUUCCAGAUCGGAAUGAAGCGGCUGAAGGUUCAGCUGAAGCGUUCCAAGAACGACAGCAAGCCCUACUGACUCCCCCGCGCCCCGCCCGUUCCCCCCGACCCUCCCUGUUUACCCCUCCUCCCCGGCUCUAAUGCUAGCAAUGCUAGGGUAAGUUCGCCCUCCGCCCAGUCACCGCAGCACAGACUCAUGGGGGGCGGAGAAAGGAGCCCUGCGGCUUUCCUUUUUAAAACAAAACGUUUGCAAUGCUAAUUUUCACAUCUACUGUAUUUCAUUCCUGCUGUUUUCGCUCGCCAUUUGACUGAAAUGUUUUAUUGUACGAUUAUUUACGACUAUCACUGGAGUUGGUGCUGUCGCUGAAGGAAGCUAGUGGUGGGGAGGGGGGGGGGGCGGGCGGGCAUGCUUUUGUCAUUGCGUUCAGCUCACGCUUAGACGGGUUGGCUAAGGAUGACCCGGGUUAGGAGGACCAAUCCACAAGCCGAGUCGCCGUCGUGCUUCUGGCGUCCGCAUCACGGCUGGUUCUUACCGCUCCCGUUUCUAUCUUUCUAUUAUUAACACCCUCCUGCAGUCAUUCCAACGCCAAAUCGAUGAUUUAGUGGCCAAGUACGUUGCAUUGGGGGGGCGUCCAUUUUGUCACUUCCUUCAGUCCUUGUAUUUUAUUUUAUUUUAUUUUUUUUAUUUUUUUGUGUGUGCGCCCCCGCAGAGGCGGUCGGCAUGGUGGGCGUGCGUCGUUUACCUGUUAGCGUUUGUCGCUUGUGUCGGGGUUCCCCUGAAAACAGGAGCUGCGGUUCCUCGCAACGCCUUUCUGGGACUCUUCCCGUCUCUCGGUUGCGACCCUCCGCCGGCCGCCGAUCUGUAACGCUCGUCCUGAGCUAGGGGAGCAGCUAGAGAAUUGGUGAUUCCAUCGAUCCAUUUAAGCAAGCGACUUUUCUGAUUUACCGAUGGAUGUGAAAGAAGGGCUACCGGGUCGAACGUGGACGGGUUCUUCAUAGGAUGCCCGUUAUUACAGUGAUGGGUUCAGUUUCUAUCCUUCAACAAAUGUUGAUGGUUUUCCAAAGUAAAAGCAGAUGUUUGCAAAUGUCUUAAGAUAUGUUUACGGACUGCUUUCAUGGAGGCCUAACCCAAUCUGUCGAAAAUGUAAGUUAAAGGCUCGAAGCAAUUUAUUGAUCAACGAAUGAGAUGGUUGUCAAAAUAUUGCGAGGCCGCCGCCGGUGUUGUCGGACGAAUCGAAAUUGGUCGCGCGCGGCCGUUUAGUUUGAGGGGGAAUCCCGCUCCGUCUUGAUUGCUGGUGCUGAUGUUUGUGUUUUUGUGCCGUGGCCCUAACCCUUUCUCCUUUCUCCUUUGUCCUUUCUUUUCUCUCUGUCUGUCUGUCUGUAUUCCUUUGUUUUAAUUUUUUUAUUUUUUAGAACUCCUCUCCCUGCCUGUCCUCUCAUCAUUAGCCUAGCAUGUCUUCAUGACGUUGAAAGGCGAGGCGCGCUCCCCGCCGUCCUCCUCCUCCCCAUCUUCACCGCCGCCGCCAUUGUUGUCUGUGAUGUCUUUCUAAGCUCGCCUGACCAAUCGUUGGCCCCCGCACCGCCCCGCCCCGCCCCGCCCACUCAGCACAACCUCGUUUCUUGUUUCUGCAUGCGUGUUCAUCAUCGUUUUCUUUUGUACUGAAAUGUGACGGAUGGGAGAGAGGUCAAGCAAAAUUAAUGUGAAAACGUACCUACGUUCAACUUUUUGUUUCCAUUGAAUGUUUUUAAAAACCUGUGGGAUUUCUUUCUUUUUUUUUUUUUUUUUUUAACCAUUUCUUUUUAAUACCUCUCUCGGUAAGGUUCAAUACAGGGAUCGGCACGCCGGCUGUGCUAUUUGGUGCCAUUAGCAAUAUGUUCAAGAAAACAAAAGGCUUGGAAACCACUUUUCUUUUUCUUUUCUUUAUUUUUGUAGUUUUUCUCCUUGACCAGUAAAACUCCGUCUCGUCGCUCUUAACAAGCUGCGCAUUAAGCGGGCAGUGUGAAGAUGAUUAUUAUUAGUAUUUUCUUCUCCACGAAGUCUACUUAAAAAGUCGAUUUUGUUUUUCAUUUCCACGACUAUUCAGUGUGUGUAGUAUUUUGUUAACUACCGAUGGCACAAUAAAAGGUACAUUGGCUCA